GACCCCAGCUCAGCUCCAGCACACCCUGGAGAGCAGAAGGAAAGGCAAGCACCGGGACUGGACUCAGGGGCCGCCCUCCCAAUGCCCCCCCCAACCGAGCCCACCCACUGGCACCGCUGCUCCCUGCUCCCAACGCUGCUCCUGCUUCUCCACCUCUCCGGAGCCUGUGAGCUGAGCCAAGGGAGCAGCAGCCAGGCACAGGUGCUACAGCCUGAGGGCCCCAUGCAGGUACGGGAGGGCGAGUCGCUCCUGCUGAGGUGUUCCGUAACUGGCUCCUGUAUAGACAACAUGAUAAAAUGGGUCAAGGUGAGCGAUCAGCGCCAGCAGGAGAUUUAUAACUUCAAACAUGGCUUCUUCCCCGGAGUGACUCCCUUGAUCCAGCAGACACUGGAGCCAUACAAUUGCGACUAUUCCAUCUAUCUCCACAACGUCACCAGGGAGCAGGCUGGCACCUACCACUGCGUGGGGUUUGAUGACUCAAGAAAGAACUCAAAUGUAGAUCUGGAUGAGGGCACCUCAGUGCUUGUGAAGGGAGCUGGAGACCAAGAGCCAGACCUCUGGAUCAUCCAGCCCCAAGAGCUGGUCCUGGCCACUACUGGAGACACUGUCUUCCUGAACUGCACAGUGCUUGGCGAUGGUCCUCCUGGUCCCAUCAGGUGGUUUCGAGGAGCUGGUCCAAGCCGGGAAGCCAUUUACAACUUUGGAGGCAUCUCCCGUCCUAAUGUGACAGGGGUUCAGGCCUCCAAUGUUGAUUUCAACAUUCUUUUCCAAAGCAUCUCCACUGAAGAUGCUGGCACCUACUACUGUGCAAAGUUUCAGUGGAGACCCAACAGGCAAUACCUGUCUGGGCAGGGCACCAGGCUGAGAGUGAGCGCAAAUCCCAUAUCUCUCCAAGAGGCAAAUUUUACCAAUGAACAUUGGCCAUACAGGAUAUCUGUAUCAGUCUUCCUGUUUGCCCUCAUACUUGUGAUCCUGGGGCUGAAGGUGGUGACACUGGCUGUUACCCUGCUCGUCCUGGCUGUCCAGCGGAGGAGUCUCCAGCCAGAAGACAUCAAGAUCCAGCAGAGCUGUGACAUCUCAGCUUAGGCUAGGGGUGAGGGGUAGCCCAGCAUAUGCUGAGUCAGAGAAGGACCCAGGACUCUGAAACCAUUGUCCUGCCUUUUAACCCAGCCUCCAGAUGCUCCUGGAACUUUCGAUCUAGAUGCGGCUCACCUGGUAAAACUCCCCGUUAUGCACCAGCCUGCCGUCUGAUGUCGCUUCUUCUGUCUUCUCAGCCUGUUCAAGCCCUCCUUGUCCUCCAGGUUCUUGUCCCUGCUGCAGCCCCCGCUGCAGUGUCCAGGGUUUCUGGGAGCAUCUCUGAGCCACUCAGCCAGAGUGAGCCCCCCAAGCACAUCUUUCUCUUCCUCUUUCCUUUCUUCCCCUUUCUUCCUUUCUGCUCAGGCAGCUCUAGUAGUUAGAACGCAGGUUUUGCAACUUAAAUAAAAUGUUUCUAGACAUUUGGCAGUAUCUAGAAACCUACUAGGUUGGGGGUGUAAUCCCCAUCUAGUGGGUAAAGGUCAGGGUUGCUGCUAACUGUCCUACAAUGCUCAGGGCAGCCCCCACAGCCCUUAGCUGGGCAUGGAGGCUGAGAGCCGCAGGGGCAGGAACUGGUGCGGCCCUGGGGCAGACAAGCUGACUUCUACUCCUAAAGCCUCUGUUCUCUCCCCUGGGCCACUUCACUGCUCAGAACAUGGAGAGCAACAGCGGACACCUCUGCACUAGGCCAGCCUGAGUCAGGAUUCCGGAUGAGUGCCCUAUUAGAGACCAUCCUCCCCCUCCUUGGGGACAUUUACUAAAUGUCCCUCCCGUGGGGAGAAGUGGGUUAGUAUGGAUGUUUCUUAUCACAACAGAAAAGCAGCUUAAACAAACCUAAGUCAAAGGAGAUAUUGAUUUAAUUAGAUGCUAAUCUAUUAUUUAUCUAGUAGAAUUCAGAAAGGGUAAAUGGGGUAAAGUUAAUGUCACCUCCACCUGCUCCAAAUCCUCAUCCCUGGAGUCUGUGAAUAUUAUAUUCUAUGGUUAAAAACAAAAAAAAGACCUCACGGGGAAAUUAAGGAUCUUGAAUGGGGAGGCUAUCUUGUAUUACCCAGAGGGGUCCUAAAUGCAAGGACAAGUAUCCUGAUGAGAGGGAGAUUUGACACAGAAGGGGAGGAGAAAGCAAUGUGACCCCAGGCAGAGACAGGGGUGAUAGACAGGCACAGACACUGGCUUCAAGCUUCUGACCUCCAGAACGA